ACCCCAAGCGCCGCCACUCCCACCGUACCGCGGCAAUGCCGGCGCCGCGAAAGCGGAAGGUCCCUGCCCCUGCCCCUGCCCCGCCGCGCCGGCCGCCUCCCCGCCUGGAGUACCGCGCAAAGGACGGCGCGUGGUACGCCGCGCGCAUGGCGCUGCAGGGCGACUCGCUGCGCGUCAUGUUCGAGGAAUUCCUCGAGGAGUUCGACGAGUGGCACGAGCCAAACGCGGCCUACCUCGCCUCCCCGCGCGACGUGGCCGUGCUCCGCGCCAGGUUCCGCCCGGCGAGCCCGCCCCUCGAGGACGCCCGCUGCGGCGACCUCCGCCGCGGCCAGCCGCUCUGCGUCCUCCGCGCCAUGCCCGACAGCGAGCGCAAGUACUACGACGCCGUCCUCGAUUCCGUGAAAAGAGCGGCUCACGUCACCGUGGGCGGCGAGGAGCGGUGCGCGUGCCGCUUCACGGUGCGGUGGACGGACGGGCCGCUCCGCGGCGGCUUGGACGAGGUCGGCGUCGACGAGGUCUGCUGCGUGCGCGACUCGCCGGUCCAGGACCCGGCGCUGAGCGAGUUCCUGGACCGCGUGACGAGGUCGUUCGGCUUCCGCGACGGCGAGGAGAACGCGAAGGCGGUGCAGGACUCGCCAGUCCAGGACCCGCGGCUGAACGAGUUCCUGGACCGCGUGACGAAGUCGUCCGGCUUCUGCAACGGCGAGGAGAAACCGAAGGCGGCGCCUCAGGGUACCGGGGCCACGUCGGCCCCGGGCAGCGAGCAGAGCGCGACGGCGGCGCCUCAGGCGACCGGGGCCACGUCGCUCUGGGGCAGCGAGGGGGAAACUGCCUUCAUAAUCAUCGACUAGGUCGCGGCCUGCACUGCACUCCUGCGCUUCUGUUUCGAUGUAUCCAUGUGCCAUGCCUGCCCUGCUCGACGAUUGGUGAGGGUAUUUUGCGCCUUUGCGUUGCUUCAUUCAGUUACUGUCUUUGUC